AUGGGCAAGGGAGCGGAGAGGAAGAAGAGCUGGAGAAGCAACAAGCGAGACCAGGGCUGGCCGUGGACAGCGAUCGACGGGAGUAGAGGCAGCAGGGGUGGUGGCGGCGGCGGCGGUGGUGGUAAAGGCUCGUCGUGCCUGCGCUCGUGUGCUUGUUGUUUCUUUAUUCUGCUGGCGGCGCUGGCGGUGGCCGUGACGGUGGUGGCGCUGGCAUCCUCGCCUGCCCUCAAGAGCCAUGCCGAUGAUGCGGUGGAGGAGCUCAAGAGCCGUGCCGAUGUUGCGGUGGAGCAGCUCAAGAGCUACGUCGACGCUGCGAUGGAGAAGAUUCACGACCUCACCGCCAGCCGCUCGCCUAGCCCCCCACCCCCUACGAAGAUUCAGAUGUAG